CUAUCCAUUUGCUCCCAGUACGUUCAUACAACGCGGCACAUUUUAGCUCGAAUGCUUUUUCUGAGCUUUCGUUCGCGCUUCCACUGGCAUACUAUGUAGCAGAACUGGAAUGCGUCCCUUUAUACUUUAAAACAUACAAUAUGUCACACUUAAGGAGGCUUCGUGUUAACAUUGAACCCUCUCACGCGCACGGUUCCCAUGGAGGUCGUUGCCGCAGCGUGAGGCGUCGGCCCGGCAGAUCGCAGCUUGUAACGCGUGCGAUAUUUGACGAAAUGGAAGCAUUUACGAAUCUCCUUUCGCCGGGCUCAGCGAGGUAGUAUGCUGUUUGCUAUACAACGGCUGCAGCUACCAUGGGAUGUGCUUUUCUCAACGCUUGCCGCUUUCCUUUUCCCUUAUCCCCCCAGCGUCAUUACUGCAAUGAUAGCAGCUACCUCAGUCAGCGUUAACUUAUACGGCGGACUAUUAACCGAGCGCAAACGCGCAGACCUGGCCAAGCAGAUGGAGCGCGAGCGCCAGGCGGCCCAGCAGCUCUGCGAGAUGCGCUCAUUAGUUGCCCGCUACCGCGGCCCGCUGCUAGAGGCCGCGGUGGACUUGGAGUCGCGGUUGGUGGCGGUUGCCACGGGGCGUACGGCACGGGGCGGCGGUCGAGGCGUGGUUGAGGAGGAGGUGGUCUACACGUUGUUCACGCUAGCGCAGUUCCUUGGCUUUGUGGAGCUGGUGCGGCGGGAGGGGCCCAGGGAGCGCUCAUUCUUACAGCAGGGCAAUCCGCAGGGCACCGACACGUUAGCCAACCUGCUGGAGGGAUUCCGGUUCAUCCUGUGCGGUCACCCGCAGGCGCUGCAGGCCUGGUACGACGAGGGCGAGGCGCGGGACCACCCGGGGUCACGUAGACGGCCGGGGGUGCCGUACGGGGGGAUCCUCAGGUGGCCUGUUCAGGAGCUGGAGGUCUGCGCUCCCAGCGGGGGUAGUGGAGCUAGCGGCGGUUGCGCUACUAGCGGCAGCGGGGAGGCUGGGGCCGGAGGCAGCAGCAGCGGCGCUGGCAGUGGCGCUGCGGAUAGUAACGGAAGAGGAAGUGGCGGUGUGCCUGCCGGGAAGGAGGCCGCUUGCAGUAACGGUGUGGGGAGUGGCAGCAGCUGUACUAACGGUGAUAGCAGCAGCAGCAGCAACAACAACGGUAAUGACCAUGGUAGCGUCAGUAACGCCAGCAGUAACGGAAGAGGAAGUGGCAUGUCGUUGGGAGGGGCCGCACUGGGGCAACGAAUCGCCGAGCAAGAAGCAUGCGGGAGACAUCCGGCUUCUGCUUCUUCUUGCGGUUGCAACGACAGCCCCAGCUGCAGCAACGGCCGCACCAGCAAGUACGACAACGGCAACGGUAACAACACCAUCGGUAACGGCAAGGGGCUAGCCUGCGACAGGGGCAGCAUAGCUCACAGUGGGGGUGACGCCACCACCAGCAGUAGCAGCAACACCAACACCAACAGCAGUAGCAACAGCAGUAGCCUGCAUGGAAGGAACGGCGGCAGCAGCAGCAGCGGGCGCCUGGGCGGCAGGUUCAACAGCAGCAAGUGGCCGGGAGGCAACGUGCUUCACAUGUCUCGCGGGACGCAGCGGGCGGUCGGGAGCUUCAUGAUCAUAACGCCAGUGGGCGCCCCCCGGCACUACACGCUGUCGUACUCGGACUUCUACUGGCACUUCUACCGCGACCCCGCCUUCGCCGCCUGGCUGCGACCCAUCUUUGAGGACCUGGUGGGCUUGAUUGCCACCCCCGGCGGCUGGCCCGGUGUCGGUCCCUUCCCCGUGAACCGCUGGACGCGUCUGCUGCUGCUGCAGCAGCUGCUUGUGGACACAAUCGACCUGCUCGACCCCUUCAUGGUGCGCACCAGCGAGCAGCACAGGUGGCGGCUUGCACCUGUUCAGUAUGCACCGCUGCCAAAUGCUGAAUCGUACAAGGAGCGGCUGCGGGUGCUGGAAAGCAUGGCGGACACCGCCCUGCCGGUCAUGAACUCGGUCUUCCUGCGUACGGGUUGGGCCCGAGAUGCUCGUGACAAGAACGAGUACCUUCGAAACCCCGCCUCUUCCUCCUCCUCCUCCGGCGGUGGCAGCGGCAGCGGUAGCGGGGCUGGCCUGCCUGGACAGCAGCUGUCUUCGUCACUAUCAUCAGCUACGGCCACAGUAGACCCCGAGUUCUUCUACUUGUACUCUUCAGUCUCCGGUAGCGGCGGUGUAGGUGGCGGUGGCGGAGGUGGCGCGGGCGUCACUGGCCGCCGAAGCAGUGUGUACGGCUUAGACGAUGGUGGCGGCGGUUCGGUUUACAAUAGCUUGGAUGAGAUUGAUGAUGAUGGCAACGGCAUUCCGCCGUACUCGUAUGAUGGCGGCGGCGGCGGACUUGGCGGGUUUCCGGUGCUUGCACCAGCCGGACCCAUGGGUCGGUCGUCCCGAGCCCUGUCUGGGUUGAGAACGCCGCCUGCUACAGCGCCAUCUCAAGCGGUUGUAUCGACGGCGCACUCGCUUGCUUUUGCCAGCAGUGGCAACGGUAACGGUAACCGCAACGGUAAAGGGCACGCCAGUUGGGACGCGCAUGUCAGCAGCGCGGAUGGGUACUGGCGAGCUGCAGAGGAUGAUGAGUCCAUUCCGCCGCCCACUGCCCUCAUCGUGCCUGGGAGCAGUCAGCAGCGGUAGCGGUGCACCAAAGAGGGUUCAGGAGGGGGUGGUAAGGAGCGAGAGUAGCAGGGAGGGAGCUCGGCGCGAGGGCAGGAGGAGUGUGUGUGUGCGUGAGAUAGGGCUGAGGGAGGUGUUGGUUACUGGGUACCGAGGCAGCAACAUUGCCUGAAGGUGUUCUCUUGUCUUCGACAAUUUUCGAGGAUUGCUGCAAGUCAGUAGAGCGUAUUUAAGCGGCGGUGUGUGACGUCGGGUGGUAGUUCCACUGAACUGUAGGACAGGCAAGGCUCCUUGCUCGCGACUGCACCGAACGUAAUGUAUAAAGAGUGUUGUUAGUCAUGGUUAGGAAGUGAUGCUAUUGUUGUUCUUAAUUGAGGGCAACUGAGGGUUAGGGAGAUUAUCUCGACGGUGAGUGUGACUCGUAGUACUCAGCGUACCGGGAUCAGUAUGUUGCAGCCUGCUGCUGCAAAUCCGUGACAAGGGUAUUCUUUGGAAGUUGAAAUUGAUGAUGGCAGCGUGAGCAGCUGUCGAAGGCAAACCCGGUUGUCCUGUUAACGUACGUGAUAAGACUUGAUUGGUAACGGAGGAGCAGUUCUGCAGUUGGAGGACUGCUGUGCAUGCCCUUAAUUUCAUUACACCACUCCACUUAAUUUGGACUGCCUGGAUCCCGGUGUUUCGUUUCUGCCGUAGUUUGCGGUUUGGCUGUGCCAAGCUGCUGGAUACCACGGUGGCAUGUAAUACUCAUACAAUUAAGG